CCAACCGACUGCGCCAACAUGAUCACCAUGUCGCCCUCGUCGUCCCCGUUCUUGUCAGCACUCCCAGACUUCCGCGUCCUCAACCGAGACUGCCGCAAGGUAUAAAAGACGCUUCUCCAACCGCCCUCCAUUCUUAUCAGCUUUCCACAGCGACUUCCACAAGACAACUUUCACCAUUCCAGCCCUCAACAGCGCCUUCCGCGCCCUCCUCCUCUCAAUCUUCAUCGGCCUCACUGCCAUCAUACUUCGCCCUACACUCCCAUCCACAGCCCGCUCCGCGGCACGCAGUCUUUUCGCCCGCUACUCCUCAACCUCAGCCCCGGCCUCCGCCUUGAACUCCACCAACAUGUCCGCCGUCAAGUUCCAAUUCCGCCCUUCCGAGACUCGCGGUCAGGCCAACCAUGGCUGGCUCAAGACCUUCCACACCUUCUCCUUCGCCUCGUACUAUGACCCGGCGUUUGAGGAGUUUGGCUGCCUCCGUGUCAUCAACGAGGACCGCGUCGAGCCCAUGCAAGGCUUCCCGACCCACGCCCACCGCGAGGCCAACAUUUUCUCUUACGUCGUAUCUGGCGAACUGGCGCACCAGGACUCGAUGAAGAACGUCGAGGAGAUGGGCCGCGGCGACGUCCAGAUGACAUUUGGUGGCACCGGCAUCAGCCACUCCGAGUACAACGACAACACCAAGGAGCCGGUCCACUUCCUCCAAAUCUGGGCGUACCCCUACCAGCGCGGCCUCAAGCCGCAGUACUUCCACCGCCACUUCACGGACGAGGAGAAGAAGGACAAGUGGGCCCACAUUGUCGCGCCGCUGGGGUACCCCGGCGUCAUUGAUGCCCGCGAGGGCACUGGCCCCGUCCCUAUCGCGUCGGAUCUCAACUUCUUUGCCUCUCUCAUCUCGCCCGGCACGACUGUCAACCACAACCUCGUCGCUCGUAACCGCGGCUCAGGCGACGGCAAGCUCGUAUACGUCCAGGUCGUUCAGACGAGCGGAUACAACCCGCGCAAGGCCCCGACAGACGGCGCCGUCGCCCAGGUCAAGGUUUCGCUUGGUGGCCAGACCGCCACCCUCGGCGAGGGCGAUGGUGUCUUCAUCCGCGGCGCCAAGGUCGGCGACGAGCUCGUGACGGAGAACGUGAACCGCAAGGUCGCAGAGGUCGUCCUCUUUGAGAUGGAUGCUUAGGCGAUUAUACCAGCAGCGAAAACAGGCCGGUAGCUCGGCGCUCGACAUACCCGUAUAGAUAUUCUUAGUAGCACUACAACAAAACCCACCGCAUCGUGACCUGUACCUAGCCAGCACCUUCUGUCAUGUACAUUAUUGGACUAGA